GCUAAAUGACGCAAAUGCCCCAAUCUAAUUUUAAAUUAUUUUAUAUUUUUUUAAUUACAACAAAAUCAAAACUAAAAUAAACCCUAUCUCUUCCUCAUCCCCUACCGAAGAGCCCCAGCGGCAGCACUCGAAUCUUGGGGAAAAGCUGCUGCAAGCCUGCAACUUGCCACGGAACACCCAUUUUAUUGUUCACCAUGAGAAUCGAUUCAAUUCAAAUUCCAAUUUUGGCUGGCAUUGUUCGUAUUAAACCCUUACCGCUAGUGACUAUGAAUUUCUCCUCAAGUAGUCCUCGGCUUCCAUGAAAUCCUCCCACUCGGGCUGAAACUCGUGGCCAGGAGCUUCCAUCGCGGGGUGGGUAUCGUUGGCGGCGUCAGGAAUGAGAAUGGGUGAUAUAGUGAUGCUCCCACCGGCGAUCUUCGAGGCGACGCUCAAUCUGGGUCACGACGGGGUCAACGGGGAUUGAGUCGUGGUGGUUCGGAUUAUUGAAAUUGGACCGGAGCUUGAGUCGACGGUGGGUAGAAGGCUUCUCCGGAGAAUGAGAGAGCAAGUAGGUUGUAUUAUUAAGUUAUACCUACUCUUGUCGCCGGUGAGGAAGAGUCGGGUGCUGCCACUGAGGGUGCGCCGGUGGGGGUCUUCGGCGGUGAAUGAGGUAGACGAUAGGGUGUGUUUUAGUUUUCAUUUGAUUGUGAUAAAAAAAUUAUUAUAAAAUUAGUUUGGGGGUAUUUGCGUCAUUUAGCACCUCAUUUAACGGUUCUUUAACAUAAAAUUAGACGGAAGGUUACAUUCGUUACGUUUUCAUAUUAGAAGGAUAUGUUUGUGCAAAAAUUUAGUAAAAGGAUAUAUUUGUUAAGUUGUUAGAGUAGAGAGGUAUAAAAUGCUAUUAACCCAAUAUCUAAAUAUACGAUUUACCUCUUUUUGUAAUGAGUUGAAUUAAAAUUCAUUUUUUUCCAUCUCGCCCCAUCUCUUAUUCUCCAUCAGUCAAACCCACUAGAAAGUAGAACCCAUAUUGUAGAUAGUACACAACUAACUAAAGUGUCUAAAAGUUACAUAUAGCCUUUGAAAAAGAUUGAAAAGAUUGAAAAGGCUCUUCUCUAUUGGAGCAUUAUGAUAAAAGUUCUUGAACCAUCCAACCAAUAAUGGAAGGGGAAAAAAUGUCAGGUACCAAAGGGGAAACCCACUUUAGCACAUUGGAGGGUGAUAAUGUGACUGAUACUGGAAGGUUUGAGGAAUCAGAUUCGAAAAGUUCAAAAAGUUGCCUUAUCAUUUAUCAAUCACUUAAAAUGCUAUUAAUCUAAUCCCAAAAUUCCCCUUUCAUCCAUUUUCGUCCACUUUUUAUAACCAUCUUUCUUUUGCACCUACCAAUCAAAGUUCCGUAUCCCAAAAUUAACUAAUCAUUAUUGAUUCUGGUUCUUGUCUCUUAAGAACAUAGUAGAGUCUCAGGUGGUAAAAACGUAUUGUUGUUACAUCGACGAAAUUAUUUGUCUAAAUUGAUCACUGUUAUGAAUUUUUCAAGUAUGUAUGUAAUCAGAUAAUCUCAAAUGUAUAUGCUAGAUUUGCGGUAAAAAUCCCAAGUUACACAUGUUUUAAAAAAAAUUCUCAAAAUACACACGUUAUGAAAAUAAUUCCCAAUCUACGCAUGUUUGGGUAUUCACCACGGCAGAGGAGGGCGGUGAUUUCAUCACUGCGUAAGAGGAGGACGGUGAUUGCAUCACCGCUGUGGAGGAAGGCGGCACAAAGUUACUUUUUGUUUAAAGUUUUGACGCAGGUCAGACCUUCACCGCCUUUCUCUAGAGCGGUGAUGCAAUCACCGCCUUUCUUUCAUGCGGUGAUGCAAUCACCGCCCUCCUUUGCCGCGGUGAAGGCCCAAACAUCGUAGAUUAGGAAUUAUUUUCAUAACGUGUGUAUUUUGAGUAUUUUUUAAAAAACUUGUGUAACUUGGGAUUUUUGUCUAUACUAAAUGCUCCGUCCGAGUACUAAAAAAAAAAUGAAGAACAUUAAACUUA